CGAGCCCACCACGGUCCACUGUGACCACUGGCACAAUCUCAACGAUUAUGCAGAUGACUAACCUCACGCCGCGUUCGUUCAGCUCGUUUUUCAUCGGCAUGACCUUGGCUACUGCAUUAUAUGGCUGCACUUGUGCUCAGCUCAUGUAUUAUCUUAAACAUUACUCAGAUAGAGACGGUUCAACUAUGCGAAGCCUGAUAGUUCUUCUCUGGGCACUAGAUACGUUGUCGACAAUCCUGAGUGUGGAUGGUACCUGGUACUAUAUGGUUCAAAAUCAUGGUACAACGUCUAUAUCGUCACUGCCAAGGUCGUCAGCGCUAGAGCAUCUCACCUCUGCUACUGUCACAUUUGCUGUGCGGAGUUUCGACAUCUUCACGUUGUGGAAACUGUCUCGGCGGCAACGGUGCAGAGUACCAUUAGUUGUGACAUCCAGCGCGUUGUCGAUGAUCGCAAUUGGUAGAGGCUACGACUCCCAGCUCGUUCGCGACUUGUGGGAAUUGCUACGCGAGCCAAAGAUGCAAAUCUCAAUACAAACGCUCACGGCCUUCAUGGCGAACCUCUUCCUAUGUGCAUCUCUCUGCUGGGUAGUCCGAGUUGAAGGCGCCAAACUGGCUCCGGACUCGAUCAUGAGGUCGACGAUCCGGAGGUACACCUUAUACACGGUCUUCCGAACCCUGUUUGCUGCCCUGGUCGAACUGUUCGCAUUCAUUUUGACGACGACUGUACUAUUGGACCAUAUUCAUAUCCCAUCCAGCAAAGUAUACGUCAACUCUAUCCUUGCUAUGCUAAACGCUCGCCACUCGUUGGCUGGUACGGCAAAGAUGGCUCGACAUAUUUUGAGGACAGCAUCAUCUUCGCGAACAUGCUAGACGUUGAGCAAACCACGGACGAAUCCGCCUAAAGCACCGUGACUCCGGACCACGCAGACUCGUGCCUCGCCGGCUGUAGUGACGGAAGACUAUCAUACCGGGGUCGCUGGCGCACGUAUAGAUACUCGGCUGGAGAAGACGGGUCAUCACAGUAUUUCUAGUGGAUAUCCAACGUUGUUAGCCAAGCAGUCGCGUUCCCCCGCCAGAAGUCAAC